CUACAUCAUCCAUCCCCUCACCGCGUCUCCCUCCCCCUUCCCCGCAACAUAUACCACGCACCUCACCAUCUUUCGGUGGCCUCUCCCUCCCUCACCUCCUCACUUCUCUCCCUCCCUAACAGACACCCCAACAGAGUAAAGCAGCAGCCAAGCAAAGAAGCUACCUCCGUUUUAUAGGAAGGGGCAGCAACAGCCGGGAGCGAGGCCGGAGAGGAAGGCGAAGAGGGCGGCCAGUAGCAGGAGGCGGCGGCGGCGCGCGCAGAGAUAGCGGAAAAAGAUCGUGCAAAAAGGCAGCAGGCUCGAAGAAGGAAGGGCAUGGCCUCAUCGUCGGCGUCGUCGGUGCCGGCGCCGGGUGGAGGAUCGAUGAUCACCUUAGCGGCCUCCUCGGCGGCCAACGGCGGCGGCAUGGGGGUGUGCGGCACGGGAUCGCCGUGCGCAGCCUGCAAGUUCCUGCGGCGCAAGUGCCAGCCGGACUGCGUCUUCGCGCCCUACUUCCCGCCGGACAACCCGCAGAAGUUCGUGCACGUCCACCGCGUCUUCGGCGCCAGCAACGUGACGAAGCUGCUGAACGAGCUCCACCCGUUCCAGCGCGAGGACGCCGUGAACUCCCUCGCCUACGAGGCCGACAUGCGCCUCCGCGACCCUGUAUACGGCUGCGUCGCCGUCAUCUCUAUCCUCCAGCGCAACCUCCGCCAGCUCCAGCAGGACCUCGCCCGCGCCAAGUACGAGCUCUCCAAGUACCAGACGGCGACGGGGCCGAACGGGUCGCAGGCUAUGGCGGACUUCAUCGUGCCCAACGGCGGGGCGGCGAGCUUCAUCAACGUGGGUCACUCCGCAGCGGCGCUGGGCGGGUUCGGGCAGGAGCAGCAGUUCGCGGCCGUGCAUAUGCUGUCGAGAAGCUACGAGGCGGCGGAGCCCAUCGCGAGGCUCGGUGGGAACGGAGGCUACGAGUUCGGCUACUCUUCGGCGAUGGCCGGCGCCGGGUCGGUAGGCCUCGGCAUGCUCGGCGGCUCGCCGUUCUUGAAGCCCGGCAUCGCUGGCAGCGACGAGAGGGCCGGUGCCGGGCAGUAGCUAGCCGACCAGUUGCUCUCUUCUGUCAGACGUGGUUGCAGAUUGAAAAAACUACCCAGUUGUGUUGAAGACCGAAGUGGUGAAACGUCCUGAAUUUACAUCCAUAUUGGGAGUCUCAAUUCCAUCCUAGUUCUAUUUUGUGUGAUGAAUUAAAAUGCAUGUGUUUAGCUUGUUACUUUGCCUCCAUGAGUAUUGAUGUACUGUUGCA